GCAGAACACAUCAUCAUGAGCGACUGGAGGAACAUGAACAAAGAUGAGCUGGAGCAUCAGUUUUCUCCCAGCCGCUGGUCACACAGGAUGUCCGCCGAUGACGUGAUCAGAGCCCAUGUGGCCGCUCUCAAAGCAGGCACAGAGAAAGCCCGGUCCAUCACUCAGACUCUGCUGGACGUCCCGUACGGUGAUAGAGACGGAGAGAAGCUGGACGUUUAUGUUCCCAGCAGCUCUAGUCCAGACGUGCCGCUGCUCAUCUACUUUCAUGGAGGAUACUGGCAGUUCCUCAGUAAGAACGAGUCGGGGUUUCUAGCCGUGCCAUUGGUCCAGAGGGGUGUGGUCGUGGUCGCCGUGGGUUACAGCAUCGCUCCUGAAGGGGACAUGGAUCUGAUGGUGUCACAGGUGCGCAGGAGCCUGGUGUCCGUCAUCCAGCAGUACUCACACAUCAGUGGUCUUUAUCUGUGUGGACAUUCGGCUGGAGCUCAUCUGGCAGCGAUGGUUCUGUCCACCGACUGGACACAGUACAACAUAUCACCUCAAAUCAAAGGUGCGUUUCUCGUCAGCGGCGUUUACGACCUGCAGCCCAUUCUGUCCACCUACGUGAACGAGCCGCUGAAGAUGACCGAGGAAGUGGCGUUGAGGAACAGCCCUAGUCACUUCCUGCCACAGCUCAAGCGCUCGUCCGCUUCCUGUGACAUCAUCGUCGCGGUCGCGCAGAACGACUCGCCCGAGUUUCGCAAGCAGUCGGAGGAAUAUUUCAAAGCUUUGCAAUCUGCCGGUCUUAAAGUCUCCUAUGAAGACGUUCCCAACACGGAUCACUUCAACAUUAUAGAGCAACUCGUCGAUGAAGAUUACCAUCUUACAAAGCUCCUACUGAAGAUGAUGGGGAAGAGUUGAUGAUCGUCCGAUUACCCAGAAUGCACUGCGCUCAAUGAGACCUCACUCUUUGUCCAAUCAGACGCCAGUAUUACCUGUUUUACAUUAUAAUUGAGAGUUUCUGCUGGGAGAAAAUGAUUGUAAAUGGGUCUAAAUCGUUAUUUAAAUGUGUUUUAAAUGAAAGUGGCUCUCAGAUGUGCCAUGAAUCAGUUGUUGCUCAUAAAUAAAUAAUACAAAUAUUUAACAUUUAAAUGAUUUGUUUUGAUUGAUGGCACUGGAAACAACUCUCGCUUUGCAUUAAGUUGCACGGAUCUAUUUGUUGUAGGUUUUAUUGAAUGGGCACAGAUUUCUCUUCUGGACGACCCGGUUUAACCCGUCCUUCCCUGGUCAGACAUGUUUGGUUUGUUAUUGUUUGCUAGUCAAAUCGAAAACCACUGCUAUUCACAUUUUAAGCAAGGAAACUGUGUAUGAAUAUGGUGUUUGUGUGUGUUUUGAAGUGUUUCCAGUUUAAUAAAAUGCUGAAAAGACAAAAAUGAACCCA